AUGGACUCUUUCAAUUGCGGAGGAACGCCAUAUCAAAACGGUGAUACUCAAACAUUGGGUAAUUCCGGUGUUGUAUAUAAGAUGAACAAUGAUCCUAACAACCUGUCAUAUCAGGAAUCUCGAAAACCUCAUGACAUGUCGAGCUUGUAUAUGCUUCAGAUGUCUCCACCACCAUUACGUAUUCAAUACGACAAUGCCACGGAAUCACCACCACGAAGGGGCAGAAAACCUAGUCGAAACACUAAAACAGAAAGAGCCAAAAAACCAACUGCAUCGCAAUCUCGUCGAACUGCUAAUGUUCACAAUGAACAAUUGUCCGAUCCACUGGUGCCGUCAGGGCAAGUCGCACGUCAGCCACAGGUCAGGCAAGGAGCAAACCGUCGUUCAGCGAAGGUUGUGAACCAAGAUAAUAAAGCAGUAAGAACAGCGGUUCCAAGAUCGAAUGCUAAACAGAGAGCACCGCAAAGACGACCUAUUUCAAAUCUUAAGUGGGUAAAGACUCCACCAGAGAAGAAUAAUAUCAAUGAAACAUAUGGUCAAAAAACUCAAAGUAGAGAUCCUUUCAAUAAUCAAAACCGUCCAGACUUCACCAGUCAGAAUAUAGCAAUCAAUAAAACAAAUAGUCGGGACGUUACAAUUGAAAAUGACGAGGAAUUUACAGAAGUGAGUUUUAUCGAAUAUGCAAAUGACCAGCCCAAAAUCGUAUAUCGGACUCCAACUUAUGCAAGCUACCUUCGUCAGAAAGCCGGCGGUUCCACUCAUAAUUCGAAUAGCCAAAUAAACAGUCAAACAACUCAAAAUACUGACCAUUUGAACAGCCAGAACCGUCCAGACGUGAUCAGUCAGAAUAAUGCAGUCAACGGAUCAAACAUUCAGACCAUUGCUUCAAUGGAAAAUACAAAUUCUCUUGGACGUCCGACAGUCACGUAUGAGACGCCUGCUGUUGCAAGCCGCUGCCAACAGAAAACCGAAGAUGCGCUGAACCUAGUUGGAGCCUCGCAAUAUUCAUUUGGACAUCCGACAAUCACGUAUGAGACUCCAGCUAAUGCGAACUACUAUCAGCAGAGAACAAUCUCUUCGAACUCUCGAAGCGUUACUGGUCAUAGUAAAGCAAUCAAUGGACCAAAUAGUCAGGCCAAGGCUUCAAUGAAAAAUGCAGGAGUGACUAAUCAAGAGAAAAAUUCACAAUAUUCAUUUGGACAUCCCACUGUCACAUAUGAGACGCCAGCUGUUGUACACUAUAAUCAACAAAGAACCGUUGCGUCCACUCCCCUUCUUUAUUCGUAUAGUCAAAUGAAUGGUCAAAUGGUUGAAAACAUGGAACCCUUGAAUAGUCAGAACCAUCCAGGCAUUACCGGUCAGAAUAAUGCCAUCAAUCAGGCAAAUAGUCAUGUCAUGGCUUCAAUCAAAAAUAAAGAACCGUUGAAUCUAGUUGGAGUCUCCCAAUAUUCAUUUGAUCAUCGGACAAUCACGUAUGAGACUCCAACUAAUGGAAACUACUAUCAACAGAGAACCAUCGCUUCCACUCCCCUUACUCAAUCGAAUACCCAGCAAAAUUAUAUUGGUGAAAAAUUGCCGAAAUUGACUAUGGCUCAAACUAAAGUUGAUCAAAAUCCGUUCCCCGAAGACUUCCUUGAGGGUGAUAUUUCUGAAAUGGUUCCAACUAAAGAAGAUAGCGGGAAAGGAGCUGUAUCGAUUUCGAAUGAAACAAGUUCAGAAAAAUUGUGUUCGAGUUCUGUUUCUCAAACACCGGGCAUCGAGAAUUUUGAUCCAUUUGCUGACGGUUUCGGUACUGAGCCAUGCUUCGAAGAAGUGAUGUCUGAUUUCAAUGAAAUGCAAGUGAAACCGCCCGUUUGGAAUUCAACCCCAACAAAUAUGCGCGACAACCAAGUUUCGGUUCCAUCAUCAAACGUCAUCGGACCAACUUCGAAUUUUGAAAAGAAUAGUACUGAAGACAAAAGCGUGGAAACACCCAUCUUAAAUUCGAAUUUGUCAAAUGCGGUCAGCUGCCACUCGAGUUCCCUUUCUCAAGAAUUGAGAAACGGUAUGAACGUUUUGGAUCCAGUCUAUGGUGAUUUGAGUGCGCCGACGUGGUACACAAAUGCCCCUGUGAACGCUGCCUCAAUUGAAACUGGUGCAAUGGACAACAAUCAGCAAGUUCCAUCAAUGUUGAACCAAAAUGGAUCGAAUCAAGAGCAACAAUCUUUGGGAACUGAUGACAAUUCUAAAAUUGAUGAUACCCCGUCAUUGCUGAAUUUAAAUGUGCCGCUUGCGGUUGAUUAUUACACCGGAAUCGAAUUAGAUGGCAAAGCUCUACAAACUGGUAAAGAACAGUUCACGCCCAAUUCUGAGCAAGGAAUGUGUUAUGCUGAGCCGCAAAAUUUUGCUAGGAGCAACCAGUAUAUUCACAAUGUGCUAAUACAACCAGUUGGAAUUCCUAAAAAGGACGACAGUUGCACUGUUCCCUCGUCUACUUUGAGGGGACCACCCAGCCUCAAUAAAACAUGUCAAAUGAAUGGACUCAACACAAAUCAGUCGACCAAAUUGGCAAGCGCUAAAAACGAAGCUUUCAAAAACAAGGAAAAGUUUACACCAAAUGGUUCCCCAGUAAGAUACGUGAAGGAUGAAAACGGCGUAGUACGAAGACUGAAAAUUAAGCGUUCAAACAGUGCAGCGCAAAGUCAUUCCAUCAAGAAAAAGAAGAGAAACGAAGACGCCUAG